AUGGCAGCCUCAUCAAUCUACGCUACAUACCCAAGCCUUAGUGAUAGAGUUGUGGUUGUGAGUGGUGGUGCAACGGGAAUCGGUGCGUCUUUUGUCGAGGAAUUUACAGCGCAGGGAGCGAGGGUCAUCUUCCUUGACAUUCAAGAACAAGCUUCGGUCAAUCUUAUCGAGAACCUGAAGUUGCAAACCCCGAAACAUACCCCGAUUUUCAUGCAAUGUGAUGUGACAGAUGUUGAAGGUUCGAUAAAACCGGUCGCGGCUCGAAUACUGGAACUAUUUCCUAACAUUGACGGCUUGAUCAACAAUGCUGCAAAUGAUGCACGACAACCUACGCUGGACAUCACUCUCGAUCAGUGGGACCGUGGUGUUGCAGUAAAUUUACGACAUGUAUUUUUCUUGACCCAAGCAUUGAUGCCAGGGCUCAUUAAGUCAGGAUCUGGUUCAGUCAUCAAUAUGGGUAGCAUCAGUUGGGCUAUCCCUAGCACUGGACUUGCUCCGUAUGUCGCCAGUAAAUCUGCGAUAGUCGGAUUGACAAAGACUCUCGCCCAUGAAUUUGGUCCUCGAGGGGUACGUGUUAACAGCAUCAUGCCGGGCGCUAUUGCGACAGCUAGACAACGACACGACAUUCUGACUCCAGAAUAUCAGGCAGUGAUAUUGGAUAGGCAAGCUAUCAAGCGGAUACUACAGCCAAGUGAAGUUGCUCGACUCGCGCUGUGGUUGGUGGCAGAUGAUAGUGCGGCCGUGAGCAAUCAAAGUAUAGUUGUUGAUGGUGGAUGGAUCUAA